AAUUAUGGCCUCUCUGACCCAAUAUUCUGUAGGAGCUUGCCUCACACCAAACAAGAGCUUCAACCUCAACACAUUGUUUUUUGUUUUUCCACAAGCACUCAAUGCAACAAGUCAUAUCAGAAACCAGAAGACCCAAUUGUCAUUAAGUGGGAAAAAGCUGCAGCAAAAAUUAUUUUCAAAUAUUGUUGGGAAAAAUUGCAAAUAUGAGAAAUGGAGAGUUUUUGGCAGUGAUGAUGGAUCUUGUGGGAUUGCACCUCUUCCACUCCCACCUUCUGUGUUGGAGGCAGUUCAAGAUUUCUACAAGGCCAUCAAUGCCAAGGACAUACAAGCUCUAGAGCAACUUCUGGCUGAUGACUGCCAUUAUCAAGACCUUGUCUUUUAUGUUCCUUUUGUAGGAAAAGAGGCGAUCGUGCAUUUUCUUACCAAGGUGAUGGAUGCAAUGGGAUCCAAUAUUCAUUUUGUCCUUGAUGCUGCGACUGAAGGUGGAAACUUGACUGCCAGUGUAAUUUGGCAUCUUGAGUGGAAAGACAAAGAAAUACCCUUUGCCACUGGUUGCACAUUCCUUGAAUAUGAACAAGUUGAAGGAGAGCUCUUUCUUAGGAAAGCAACUGGCAUGGAAGAACUUCCAUUCAAACCAGGUGAUUUCGUACUGAAACUUUUAAAGUCAGCAAGUACCUUCUUCGAUCUCUAUCCAAUGGCGGCUGAAGCGUUGUUGCUGAAGUCUCAUGGAAGUGGCCCGCAUGAAGGAUUAGAUACACUUUUAGACAAGCUUCGGGGUAGACACUGAACAUGAAUUUCUCAACUUCUGCGGUUCUACCAAGCCACAUUUUAUUUACAUGCCUUCUCUGAUAUAAUGGUGGAGAUUUAAGUCUCAUUUAUUUACAACCAAUA